GAUUCACUGCCAAACACGUUGGUUUUUAUUGUGUGAUUUUAAUUUAAGUAGAAUGCCGCCCGAUAAUCAAAUAACCAGCGACAGCGACUUGGAUUUAGUGCUGGAGGAGUUCAAGUUGCGUCAAACGCGGAGAGAUAGCACAGGCCCCAAGUACAGAUGUAGUAUUGCCGGCUGCACUGAGAGCUUUAAGCGCCUGGAUCAUUUGGAUCGCCACGAAUAUCAUCAUACUGGCAUUAAGAAGCAUGCCUGCUCGUAUGACGGCUGUGACAAAGUCUAUACCAUAUUGACGCACUUGAAACGCCAUCUGCGCAGCACACACGAGCGUCCUGGCGAUGGAGCACCACAAAAGACAGUCAAGUGCCAGCUUGAAGAGUGCAGCAAGAUGUUCACCUCUGCUUGCAACAUGCAGCGCCAUAUGCGUGAGGCCCACGAAGCGCCACGCGAGUAUGCCUGCACACACUGUGAAGCCAAGUUUAGGCAAAAGAUGAAACUGCGCCGCCAUGAGAUUACCCAGCACACACAAGCGUAUCCGUAUCGGUGCAAAAAGUGCGCACGUGGCUUUUACCAACAGUGGCAGCAAGAGAGUCAUCAACGCAGCUGCAAGCUUUAUUCGUGCCCCGCCUGUGAGCUGCAGUUUGACAAAUGGACUCUGUAUACAAAGCAUUGCCGGGAGACGCUCCAUGGCCGUGAGCGGCAUAAAUGUAAGCAGUGCGAGCGCAGCUACGACAAGCCCAGUGACUUAAGUAAGCAUGUGCUAGCCAAGCAUUCAGCUGAUGAAAAGGCUGCCUUUACUUGCAGCGAACCAGAUUGCGGCCGUAGUUAUGCAUAUGAGCGUAAUCUGCGCCAACAUAUGCUCACCACACACUCGGGUAUGCGCUUUGAGUGUCAAGCAGUAAACUGCGAUCGUUGCUUUAGCAGUGCUCAGAAUCUAAGUAAACACUUACUGCGGGAUCACACAGCUAAAGAGCGAAAAUCUAAGUCUAAGUCACCUUCAGCUACAGCUGCAGCUGUAAAAGAGAAAUCCAAUUUGCGGGAAUCAACUAAGCUGACACGCAAGCGUCGUCGCGAUGCUGGUAAGCCAGUGCGGUCGCAUUUAUCCAAGCUUGCCUGCCUAGUGCUGGAAAAGGAUGUGGACAAAGAACUACGUCUACGCCAGCCAUUGGCAUUAACAACUGUUGCGCAAGAGCUGGAGGCAGAGCUUGAUGAUAGCGUCAUGGAAGAACUGCUGACGGCAACACUUGAAUCUUAACAUAGCUGAAAACAUUCCCUCGAUAAACUCUUUUUUGUAAAUUAAAUAAUUUGUAGACAACUUGAUGUUAUAAAUG